AUGCAGAACGUCAGUCCACUCUUGGACAUGAUACUACCUACAGAUGACGCUUCAUGCGAUUCCCCAUCCGGGUCCUCAACAAGCGAACCCCAUGACGAAGCAAUGAACAAUUCCCAGCCAUUCAUCGAUCAGUCAUUCUUUUAUAAGCUCGACCAAUUAUCACCAGAUAAUCCUCUUUUCUUUAUGCAACAAUCUGAAAAUCGUCCAAGACAAUCCGAAGAACUUGACACACCAAUGGACGCCCCAUCCCCACUGAGCGCACAGGCAUCCGUAUCAAUGUCUUCACCCCAAUCAAUGUCAACUCAAGGAUUCAUGUCUGCUCCUUCGAGCAUUGUUGAACCACUCCAACCAGCAAACUCAUUACCCGCAGAAUCAAGCCAGACAUUCUGGUCGGGAUUCAAUAACCCCUGUGUAAGUAUGAUCACUACCGUUACACCUCAACUUAUCGUAUUCUUAUUUCUUGCCAACUAUAGCCCUGAUCAAUCCUCCCAACCCUCACCUCCCCCACAUGCUGUAUCACCUAUAAAAUACGAGCCAUCACUAGACACACCAUUUUCUCAGAGUCCUAUUACUCGGCCACUUGAUAUGAUGAAAACCCCUGGUAUGCAAAUCCGCGUCUUGGGUGUUCCUCAAACAGGGGCAAAAUCAAGAGUGGAAACACAGAUCAAAUUAUGCAUACAGCUAGUGACAGAUGAUGGCGACAAAGCACAGUGGUGGUCGCAUCUUAAAUUACCAGAACAUAUGGUAGCUAAAGAUAAACUCAAGCGCCAAGUCAUGAUGGCCAACGCACAAAAUGGCUUAAAAGUAGAUGGUGCAAAUUUGCCGAUUAAGCCGGAAAGAAUGCUAUUUUUGAGUGCCCGCGUCAUUUGUGCAAGUGACCCGUCUAGAAAAGUUGUAACUUGCCUGGGUUGUAUUCAACGUGAACGCAAACGAUCCCAAAGACGUAAAGAAAAUAAGAUAAAAACAGAUAAUGAAGAUGACAAUCGAUCAAUGGAAGACGAUAAAUCCUUGGCUCUUGAAGAACAAAAAGUCCUUUUGUUUAAUUGCUCAGAAAUAGUCGAUUUUAGCUCAGGAGACACCAUUCUACCGACACGUAUUACUUGUUACUGCAGACAUCAUAACGAACGUCUUGGAUUCUGUAUCUAUUUUGAAAUGCAUGACCAAACUGGUAAACAGGUAGCCACAGGAAUGUCUCCACCGAUUAUGAUCACAGACGACCACAAAUCCAAUAAAAUCAAAGCCGGUAGAAAGAGACCCAGAACAGAUGUAGAAUCGCACACCCCUCUCAUAUCAUCCGGUGGAUAUGAAAUGAACUCUGGUGUAACUGCACCUAAUAUGUUAGGACCACCUCGAUUCCGUGUACCUUACGGCAGCUAUCCGAAUGUACAGACCUUACGCGAACAACAGUUUUCUCUCCAACCUCGCCCAGUCGAUCAUGUUGGAAUGAAUCACGACGUAAAUCAUUUGGCAAACCCAAACUCAAACACAAUGCACCGUCAACAAUUUGACGCAUCUAGCGGUCCAAAAAUACAACCUAACUCUAUAGUGCCAUCAAUGGCCACCCAAACGCAUCCUACUCCCAUGGUUACCGAAAACACUGUCCAGCAGACUGUCACACCUACCCCUAUUCUCAAUGAUCGCCCACAGCUACAACGCCUAAUUCCGAAUGAGGGCCCGACCUAUGGUGGAAUUGAGGUCACCAUCCUUGGAAGUGGCUUCAGACCAGGUCUUACUUGUCUCUUUGGAGACGCAGCAGCAUCCAGUACACAUUAUUGGUCUCCAAAUACUCUUGUGUGUAUCUUACCACCUGCAGUUGAACCGGGAACAGUUGUAGUGUCGUUCAAAGAAUACCCAAUGGUCAUGGACAGUCAAGAUGUGACGCUUUUCACGUACUUUAAUGAAAACGACCGAGCACUUAUGGAGCUUGCUCUUCAGGUGGUUGGGCUCAAGAUGACAGGAAAAGUGGAAGACGCUCGUGCAAUUGCUAUGCGCAUUGUUCAAGGCGGUAAUCAAAACCAACAAUCAUCCAGUGGAACCAGCAACCAAGAUAAUCAACAAAACCAGAACCAGAACCAGAACCAAAAUCAAACAUGCCUUGAACGUCACAUCAUCCAAGUACUUGAAGUCAUGGACAUUAUGGAAGACGUCGACUCAGUAGAUGUCUCAUUGACCAGCGGACAAGGCCACACCAUGCUUCAUUUGGCUGCAAUUCUGAAUUUCAGUAAACUUACUCGCACAUUGAUCGAACUUGGCUGUAAUGUGGACACUAUGGACCGUAACGGAAACACCGCACUUCAUUAUGCAGCAAUGUUUGGACACGAGGACCUUGCUAAAAUCCUGUUAGACGACGGAAAGGCAGACUCUGGUAUCGUUAACCAGUGGAACAAACGACCCAUGCACCUUUCCAAAGACAAUACAAUGCGUUUGAUACUUCAUACCUACAUGCCGGUCGAUGCAGACGAAGUUUCGGAUUCAUGUGGUGCAAGUGUUUCAUCAGAUAUGCUGGGUGCUGAUGUAGAUACAUCGUUUAGUGACGAGUCUUCGUAUGACGAUGAUGUUAUUUCUCUAGAUGGCGACAGAGUUGACAGAAAUGAGAUUAAUCAGCGAUGGUUACAGUUCUAUCAGUCAGAUUCAUCUGCUUCUGCACAAAGCGAAUUAUACGAAGAAGGACUGCGGAAUCGAAGAAGACCAACACUCAACAUUCAAUCUAUUCAAUAUCUUGAAGAUGACGGUGACCUUCACUCACCCGAUGAGAUCAUGGAUGCUGAGGCAGUACACAACAAUCAUAUCGAUACAUCAUCUGAUACUGACGAUGAUGGCGAUAUGUCCAAAGCUGACUUGAAGAGUACCUGGAUGCAGCGCACCCUUUCACACCUUCAACAGGAAAAAGACAAGCAUUUGUCGUAUGUGACAGACAAUACCUUUGUACAGAAUAUCAAAAAUAACAUGCCUGCCAAGCCGACUGAACUAAACUUAAAGACAAUUGCAGACCAUGUAUUGCAAUUCCCUCGCCCCACAGAAAUGAUUGCCAAUAUGUCAGUCAUGUUUUCACAAGACCAGGCCAAGGGCUCUUCUACAGAUGAGCCUGAGCAGACAUUGGCUUGGUAUAUGGCAUUAGCAUAUUCUAUAGGUGCCGGUAGCAGGUCACUUCCAGAACAACCUAUCCGGCCUUUGGAUCAAAAACAACCAGAGAUGUGGCAAUUCGAUAAUAAAAUUGCUAAUGCUUCUUCCGCACAACCCAGCCGUCCACAACCAUCAAGUAUGGGCCCAGAAGCGAUUGCAGAUCAAAAAAGAAGAGACAGACGUCUGUUUUCUUUAUGGGUGCCAUUACUUUGUUUUGCUGUUAUAUGGUUGAUUUUCCAGUUUGUCUCUUCUCACCCAGGUGUCAUUGAUUUUGUGGUGGGAAUCUCUGGAUUCCGACAUCAAUACCUGCGUAUCUAAAGCCCUAUUUUCUGUUCUUUUUAAUCCCUCCAUCUCCUAUCUCUUUCUCUUUCGCUAUCACUCUACUUCAUUUUCUCCCCCUCCCUUCCCUUCCCUAGUUCCCAAUUACAUGUUUAUUCUCCCCUUCUUUAUACAAUCUAUAGCAUUUUGCUCCUCCCUUUUUCUUCUCUAGUAUUUUUAUGUGCUGUCAUUUUUUUUUGAAGAAAAGCCCAAAAAAAAAGAAUAAUAUACAUCUUUGUAUACCCACCAAU